ACGCAGUGGUCAGUGGGUCAGCCAUUAUUGUGAGUGUGUCGCUGUUGUGCAUUAAGAUCUCCAGUGGCUACAUAUACAAUUGUGCAGUCUUGACCUAUUGCAAUGUGAGACUGAAACGUUUUCCAUUGUGUCGGCUCUCAAUCGUUGGAUAAUAAAAGGACAAAAAGGUUGUAAGGAGCAUUGAGCAUCCGAAAAACUGGAAUAGAAGCCAUGCACACGAUUUCGGAGAUGGGCACCAGUGUGCCCGCCUUUCUCGGCAAACUUUGGAGGUUGGUCGAGGAUCCAGAAACCGAUGACCUUAUCUGCUGGUCGCCAAAUGGUAGAAGUUUUUUUAUCAGAAAUCAAGCACGGUUUGCACGAGAAUUAUUACCACAUUACUACAAGCACAAUAAUAUGGCAAGUUUUGUGCGUCAAUUAAACAUGUAUGGUUUUCACAAAAAAGUUUCAGUAGAGCUUGGUGGUUUAAAAUGUGAUAGAGACGAAAUGGAAUUUGCUCAUCAGUAUUUCUGUAAAGAUCAUCCAUACCUUUUAGAUCAUAUAAAACGAAAGAUUGCAUCUAAUAAAACGCAAGAUACAUCUCAAGCACCAAUUAAACCAGAACUAAUGAACAGGAUGUUAACAGAAGUAAGAAGUAUAAGAGGACGUCAAGAACAUUUUGAUUCAAGACUUGGCGCCAUGAAACGGGAAAAUGAGGCCCUUUGGAGGGAGCUUGCUUUAUUAAGACAAAAACAUCAUAAGCAACAACAAAUAGUAAAUAAAUUGAUUCAUUUUCUGGUAUCUUUAGUACAACCAAAUAGAAGUAGUGGUUUAUCAAUGAAAAGAAGAUACCCUCUUAUGAUUGAUGAUUCAAGUCGACAACGUAUAAGACAGAGUAAAAUUUCAAAACUUCAACAAUCUCCAAUUGGACCUGCAAUUCAUGAACUAGAUUCUUCUGAUCCAGAUUUGGAUUCUGAUUACAUAGUUCCUGAAAUGUUAGAUAGUGAUCAAACUCCAACAAUUGAAAGUCCUGAUCAUCACAGCAUAGCUGAAGAUAAUAUGGGAGAAUAUACAGAUGAAUCAAUACAAUUACCACAUGAAGUUAAAAUAUGCCAAAAUACUAAUGUUUCAAAGAAACGAUUUAAGGGUAAAAAAAAAGGGAGGAAAAAUAAAGUGCCCAUCAAAAUUUUGAUUCCAUCCUCGGAAAAAGGAGAAGAAACAAGGGAAGAAACGCUUAUGUUAGAAGUUCAGCUGAAUAAAGUUAAAGCAGUUCCUGUGGUGACAACAUCAACAUCAUUAACGACAGCGACAAUCAGUAAACCAACCUCCUUGAAGCCUGUACCAAUGGCAACUGUCCGAAGUUCCAAAUUAGCGGCUAUGGCUGCAAAUAUGAAGAAAAAUCAGGAGGUCGAGCUGGACCUUGACUUAAACUCUUACGAAGAAAAUGAAAAUGAAGAAUCGAAAGACGACUCGUUGAUAAAAUUAGAAAACAUACUGAUAGUUCCAGGAAUAACUAAUGAAGAUUACAAUUCCGAGUUAGGUGAAAACAACGACAAUACUAUACCUUCGAGCGUUAGUAGUUUAAGUGGUAACAGUACUAACAAUGGCAGUCCAUGUGCCGAAGAAAAUAGUCCUGAAGCCUCCGAUCUAGACAAUGGCACGUUCGGGAAUAUCGAUUUUAUGAGUGAAUCAUCGAUCAGUCAAAUUAAAUCCCCAUCAGCUUCGAAACAGAUUGAAGCUAAACACAUGUCUCUCAGUCGUGUCAAUCCAGGUAGCAUAUCUGAAAGUAACUACAGGUUAGGAUCAAUGGAGGAAGUUGAUACACAUCUCGAUACCAUGCAAUCUGAAUUAGACAAUUUACGUGAAAUCUUACGUGGAGAAGGCUACAGUAUUGAUGCUAAUACUCUUCUAGGAGUGAGUAACUUUGAAAAAAAUUUAUUCGGAGCUGAAGAUCCAAUGUCUUUUGGAAUUCCUGUAAAUCCAGAUUUAGAUCCUCAUUCUAAUCAAGAAAAAGAAAGUGACGAUGACCAUCAUAUGAAUGCAGAACAAUGUGGAUCUAGCAAUAAAGGAGAAUUAAUGGCGUAUAAUGCAACGCCUAGUUUACUCGACUUCGAUGACGAUAUUUUCUUAGGGGCUUCAUCAUCCCCUGUACCUGUAGUAACAGAUGUGAGCAACACUGGUCUCAGUAACGAUCCCCUUGAACUUACCGAAAACAAAGCAAACAUCUUUGAUUCAUUAAUAGCAGCAAAUAAUACUAAUUCAUCACAGUCGUGAACAUUUUAUUUUUUUCAGGUUUAGAAGUAACGACCAAAUUUUCUUAGCAUUUUUUUACCAAGAAUAGAGUUGUUUUGGAAGAAAGAAGAAAUUUUGCUUUACCUUAGGAAGCAUAGAUUUUUCUAGACUGGAAUAAAUAAAAACCUACUAUUUGAUUAACAAUAUAAUUAUAAGUAUUUUAACGUGUAUACAUUUUUCGUAAGAAAAAUAUUUAACUAUAAGUAGGUAGAGGUAUUUUGUGUAGACAUAAAAAACGAAAAAAACGAAUACA